GCUGCGACGCGAGACCCCGAUGCCAAAAAGGCGGGCCCGGCCCAGGACUGCUCCCAGGCGUCGCCUCCGGCUAUAGCGCGGCCUCUCAGCGCCGUCCCCGCGUGGCCCCUAUGGACGGGAAGAAAUGUAGCGUGUGGAUGUUUUUACCCCUUGUGUUUACCCUAUUUACGUCAGCUGGAUUAUGGAUAGUAUACUUUAUAGCAGUGGAAGAUAACAAAAUUAUUGCACUAAAUGUACCGGAGAGAAAACCUGGUUCCAAAAGGCCACCUUAUAUAAGUAUUGCAGGUGAUGCUCCUCCUGCGAGCUGCGUGUUUAGCCAAGUCAUGAACAUGGCAGCGUUUCUAGCACUUGUUGUUGCUGUUCUGCGCUUCAUUCAGCUGAAACCAAAGGUGCUGAACCCUUGGCUGAAUGUCAGCGGCCUGGUGGCGUUGUGCCUGGCCUCCUUUGGGAUGACCUUACUCGGCAACUUCCAGCUUUCUAACGAUGAGGAGAUCCACAAUGUGGGCACAUCGCUGACCUUUGGCUUUGGGACCUUGGCAUGCUGGAUCCAGUCUGCUCUCACUCUCAAGAUCAACCUGAAGAAUGAGGGACGGAAAGCUGGAAUUCCACGAGUCGCCUUAUCGGCUGGCAUCACUCUCUGCGUGGUGCUCUAUUUCAUCCUGAUGGCGCAAGGCAUCCACAUGUAUGCUGCCAGGAUCCAGUGGGGCCUGGUGAUGUGUUUCCUGUGCUACUUUGGCACAUUUGCUGUGGAGUUCAGGCACUACAGAUUUGAGAUAGUUUGUUCUGAGUACCAGGAAAACUUUCUGAGCUUUUCUGAAAGCUUGUCAGAAGCCUCUGAGUACCAGACAGAUCAGGUGUAGCCUGUCCUUUGGCCAGGGGGAGGGGGGCAGGUGCAGUCCUGCGGUUAGACAUGACCUCAUUUACACUUUUUUUGAUAAGUUUGUUUUCCACGUGCAAUCAUUGUCGUAUUGCCAAAGGGCUCUGAGGGUGGUUGCCUCAUUAAGGGCCAAACAAAAAUAGCUGCCUGCUCGAGGAGGACUGGAUCCUUCUGAACAGCAGUGCCAGGUAGCACAAGUUGUUCAGUUUGUGCUGUCAGAGACUCUUUCUCAGCAGUUCCAUCUCACACCUGCUGUUCAAGAUGUUUGGCAGCAGGUCCUCACAAUGCCCCUCUGAGAUAGGCACUGCUCUGCCUGUCCUAUAGGGGAGGAGCUGAAGGAAACAGACCUGUCUGGGCAUAGUCUUCAACGUUGCUGGUUCCUGAGUUGCUGGGCUGCACUUUUCGAAUCUUUUUUGCAUUGUUUUCUUUGCUGCCGAUGGGAGUUACUUGGUAGGGUGAGAAGGAAUGACUG